AUGGCUACUGCCUUCACUUCAACUUCUAUAACGGACGAUGAAAGAAGAUGGGUUGUCAUUGGUGUAUGUUUGACCAAAGUGCUCACUCCUGCAUUGAGGAAUAUUCUUGCAACCGAAAUAGCAAACUGGCAUCAGGUUUUAUGUCAACCACCGAGCGAAAUUGACAAACAAGUUUAUGGUCGACAUAAGAUACAGUUAAACCCAUCAACGUUAGACCUCAACUAUAAAAAUAUCAACAACAAUCAUACCCUCAGAUCACCUCGUGCAUUUAAUUAUGCAGUCAAAGACCCAUUGUCUUUGGCAAAGUUGUUUGUUCAACCAUUCAUGUCCAAGUUCACUGGCUUUGAUCAAACAAUGGACAUAUCUGCAGUCUUAUCAGUGAUUUGCGAAGCUGCCCCAUUUGUAGGAGCUGCUGCUCAUGCAAAGACAGUUCGAUCAGAUAUCAGAAACGAGUGGGCACAUUGCAACUUCGCAAACUGGACUGAAGCAAAAUUUAUUGCUGCUUUUCACACUAUGGAAACUUUACUUAAGAAUGUCAAUUUGUCUCCUGCAGAUGAACGGAAAUUGUGUGAUGAACUGAAUAGUUGGAAAGAUAAAGGUAAAGAAAUUACAAUUCACUCACUUGAAGUGUGCCUAGAUAAAACUGUCUGUUUUACUGUAUUUAAAACCAUCUACUGUACCUAGAGAUAUUUACAAUACACGCUUUCGAUAAUUACGUCACACAUACUUUUUGGUCUUAGAGCUUCGCUCUCAUUAGUAAAUUACGCAAGGUGAUUGGCUCACGAUUCAUGAGAGCGAGGCUCCCAGGCCAAAUGACGUAAUUAUCGAAAGGGUGUAUUGAAGAUUAAUGAUUGCUUACCAUCAUUAAAUGUUUACAUCAACCGAACAUAUUAUCUCUUCUUUAGGACGGAAAGUUCGAGUGUAAAUUUUGCCGCGAUAAAAAUGCAACUGUAGAGUAUACGCCCUCUGGCAGGAAUCGAACUAGCCUUGUGAUUCUGUUGGAGUGCUCUAACCAACUGAGCUAGAUAGAGUCCAUUUGUCGAGCUUAAACUGCAAUUUAAACUGUUAAAGCUCGUCAAUUUGACUCUGUAGCUCGGUUACAGUGCUGCACUGGAUUCACAGGGCUGAUCUCUAACAGAAGGCCUAUAGUUGUAUUUUUCACAGCUCCAUGCUCUCGGUUGGGUCCCAAAUGUAUAAGAUGAAUAAGAAUUACACUCGAAAUUUCUUUUGAUAAAACCCGAUCAACAUUCAGUUCUAUCGAAUGAGACGACGCCCCAAAUCACGAUAUCUCCUCUCUGACCAGAACCCUUCAGAAAAAAGUUAUUACAAUGAUGUUCCACAAACGUUCAAAACAGGCUGUGUAAAAUAUCAUUCAUAUCGUCCCAAUUCUGUAGACUUUCUGUUCAAUAUACAGUAUGUUGUCAGUAAUUUGUGAAACUUACUUGUAAACUAGCAAGAACUAGACUGCCACAUCUGACAAAGAUUAUUUCAUGAAGAAAUAACAAUAGGUAAAUUUGUUACAGGGUUGCAGUUGUGUUUUGGUCAACCUGUCGACGUCGAAAUAUUGACUAUACUUAGGAGUGAAAUCGACGAAGUUCGCCAAGCUGUCCAGACAUGGAUGCUCAAGAAAAAUCAGGUUUUAAUUUAUUUAGUACACCAAAACAAUUAGUACCUCUGUACACUUUCUUCCACGCAGGCGUUUUUGCUUUCAAAAAGACUAGAAGUAAAGGCUUUCGCUCGAAACGUCGAAGUUCUAUUUUUCCGGCAGGUAGUAUAGUUGCAUCAUACACACAAGUUCUCAGUUUACAUUCUCCGCCAUUCACUGGUACCCUACGUCAAGAUUAAUAUUAAAGUAUCCAUGAAGGACGCAAAGGUCUAUAAAUUAAAAGUUUAUAAAGCUUAACGUAAAAUAUUGAUCAUUUUACAGAUGACAACACUACUUUGGAAUAUUAGUGAGAUUCAGUCAACCUUGAUUCAAGGAGCUAACAAUGCCUUGAAAAUAGAAAAAUGCGAGAUUCAGGGAGUUAACAAUACCUUGAAAAUACAAAAACACGAGACUCAUCGAAGUAACAUUUCCUUAAAAGUAGAAAGACAUUCUGAGGAAAUAAAGCUUCUAGAGAAAAAAGUUACUACUGAACUUUCAAGAUUUUAUAUUAAGGAAGAGGAGAAAAUUCCCUAUGUCUUCACUGCACCCCCACGAAAUCGUUAUUUUGCUGGUCGAACUGCAGAAAUGCAGGAGCUUAAACGUAUUCUGAGAGUUGAGGAAACUUCGAACGAAAAGAAAGUUCGUGUUGCAGCAGUAUGUGGUUUGGGUGGAAUUGGUAAAACAAGCUUAGUUGCCGAGUAUGCUCAUCAGAUGAAGGAUUUCUACAAGGGAGGUGUUUAUUGGUUCUCGGCUGAAGAUGAUACGUUUCUUGAGAAAACAGUAAACGACGUCGCAUUAAAGAUUAAUGCGUUACUUGGUUCAUUUGAUUUAACUUUGUCAAAUACAUUGAAAAAAAUUAGCAGUUCACAUGAUCAAUGUCUUAUUGUCCUUGACUGCUUGGAUCAGCUGGAUCUGUCGUCCAAUAUGAUGAAAUUUCUUUCCUUUCCUGCACAAGAAAAUAUCUUUGGACAUUUUGUCGUGCUAACAAGAAGAAACCCAAACCUACUUGUUAACGAAGUUUCAGUCUUCGAGGAGAAUUCGUGUAUUCAACUCAAAUGUUUCCUCUCUAAAGAAGCAAAGGAAUUUCUUUCUUCGAGAACUGGCGUGAAUCUUGAUGAAAAUGUGGAGAGUGUCGCAGAAUGUCUUUGUGAAGAGCUCGGAAGACUGCCACUUGCUUUGGAAAAAGCUGGAGCUUGUAUUGAUAUGCUCAGUUGCACUUUGUCCUCAUACCUGGAGCAAUAUAAAACUGAACGCUUGCGACUGCUCAGUCAGCAACCGGCACGCCCUGUAUCACCAGGUAAAGAGUCAUCUGAACGUUUGGCUGUUCACACAACAUGGCUUAUCAAUAUGGAGUAUAUGAAGAAGCGCCAGAAUGGUCAUGCUGCUAUUCGAUUUAUGAAUGCUACUUCAUUUUUCAAUGGAAACGAGAUCGAAGAAAAAUUGGUCAACGUUGGAACCCCCGAAGUGCACGACGUCGCGUACCGUAAAUGUGUGUCAUCGCCAUUGGGUUGCCGGCAGGUUCUAAAAUUGUUGACUGACUUUUCACUUUUUACGUAUGUCGAAGCACGCUCUGUCAGCACCCAUCGUUUAGUCCAGGAACUUGUCAGAGAAAGUCUUAAUCCCGAGUUAAAGGCAGAGAGUUUUACUGAUGCUGUGCGGAUGCUUUCUUAUGCAUUCUCUAAAUGUGCUUCACCCAGUAAUCUUGUAAAUCUAGAUGAAAGGAGUG